AAGGGGGGGGAAACGUGGCUGCGAAUGUGUGUGUGUGUGUGUUGGUGACACAGGACAAAAUGAGAUGAGACCCCUCGGACGGGAGCGGCCGCCCGGCUGCCAUCCCUGAUCCCGGCCCGAUCCCUGCCCGCUCCUGCCGUCGCUGCCAUCGCUGCCGGGCACCGGCGCAGCCCCAGCAUCCCCGCCAAGAUGCCACUGAGCUGUGCCUCCACCUCACCUCUACGCUGCCAUGGCCACGCUAGAGACGCUGCCCGUCCUCAGUGACCCAACCUACCCCAGCCCGGAGAACUUCCACGGCUUCUCCCCGCGGUAUUCCCAGACCAUCCCCAGGAGCGCCAUGGGGAGCGUGGGCAGCGGCGUGGCCAACGAGCAGGAGUUCGCCAUGAAGAGCGUGGGCACGCGGACGCAGAGCGGCGGCCGGCAGACGGAGGGGCCCCGCAACGGCUACUCCGUAGCGCGGGACAUCUCCCACCGCUACUCGGGCGAGGAGAAGACCUACAAGUCGGAGAAAGUCUCCAACUCCCUCUACAUCAACGGCGAAGCACGCAAGAGCGAGAAGGUGAAGGUGGACAUCUGCGGGAACGUGACCGCCAACAACGAGAAGAACCUGCCGCCGCCGCCCCAGUACCGAGAGCCCGGGAACCCACCAAAGAUUUUGCCAAUCUCCGGCAAACUAGACCAGAGCAAUGAGCCCUUAGUUAGACCCUCAGCCUUUAAACCAGUAGUUCCUAAAAACUUCCAUUCCAUGCAGAACCUCUGCCCGCCGCAGAGCAACGGGAUGGCAGAGAACAGAAAGAGCUUGAACCACGCCAACAGCAAUAGCCCGUCCGCACCCAAGGGUGGACUCGACAAGAGCAGCCUUAACAGGACUACAAACCAGGGCGGGGGGCUCUCGGAUUCGGGCCGCAACUCGCUCACGAGCCUGCCCACCUACGGGACAGGCUACAGCCAGCACGUGGGCCCCAUGAGCGCCUCCACCAGCCACAUCAACCGCAUCGGCACCACCUACGUGGAGAAGAACAUCGUGGGAUACAACGGGAUAUCUACCUCAGACAGCGGGCGGUCCUCCAGCAAGAGCACCUCAUCCUUCAACAGACUGAACCAUCUCAACGAAACAAUGCCUUUCCACUCGCCCUCCACCGACGACAUCAUCCAGGACCUGGAGGAUCGGCUGUGGGAGAAGGAGCAGGAGGUGCUCCAGAUGAGGAGGAACCUGGACAAGAGCGAGGCGGCCAUCUUCCAGGUGUUUGAGGAGAAGCAGAAGAUCUGGGAGAGGGAAAUGGAGGACCUGAGGCAGAACUAUGCCAACAAGUUGCAGCAGGUCUCCAAAAAGGCGCAGCGGGCUCAGCAGGCUCUGCAGCUCCAAAUCUUCAAGCUCCAGCAGGAGAAAAAAAAACUCCAGGAUGACAUGGGACAACUCCUCCAGCAACGAGAGGAGCUGGAGAAGAAAUUUGUGGCUUUCAAGAAGGAGCAGGCUGAGUUUCUCCCGAAGAUUGAAGAGACCAAGUGGGAGGUGUGCCAGAAGGCAGGUGAGAUCUCCCUGCUCAAGCAGCAGCUGAAGGACUCCCAAGCCGACGUCUCCCAGAAGCUCAACGAGAUCGUGGGACUGCGCUCGCAGCUCAAGGAAGGUAAGAACUUCCUACGGGAGAAAGAGGAGCAGAUCCUCACCCUGAAGGACUCCUACAGCUCCAAGAGCGUCAACCUGGAGAUCUGUGAGGGCGAGCUGCAGAGGAAGAUGAGCGAGGUCCAGGUGCUGAGGGAAAAACUGAACCACUGUGAGCUGGAGGUCUCCGGCCUGAAGCGGACACUUGCCAGCAUGGGACCCGCAGGGUCUUUUGGCGGGGACCUCGGGGAGAAGCUGCGGGACCCGCUGGCCUGCGAGAGCGACGAGGCCAAGAUGCAGCGGCAGAGCGAGGACAGCGUGAACAGCCUGCGGCGGGAGGUGGAGCGGCUGCAGACAGAGCUGAAGCUGGAGCGGCAGCAGCGGGAGCAGCAGGUGAUGGACUUCGAGGAGGAGCGGCGCACGUGGCAGGAGGAGAAGGAGAAAGUCAUCAAGUACCAGAAGCAGCUGCAGCUGAACUACGUGGAGAUGUACCAGAAGAACCAGCUGCUGGAGCACAAGGUCAACGAGAUGAACACAAAGGCCACCAGCCCCCCACACACUGAGGAGAAGAAGACGUGGACUCCCUCCAGACUCGAGAGGAUAGAGUCCACCGAGAUCUGAGGGGGGACCAAGGCCACGCAACGGAAUUUUUAAUUGCUGUGCAUGUACUACCUACUCAAGCCAGAGAUCUUCCGAAGGAUAAUGCGCUCCCGUCGGAGCGGUGUGAGCGUGCUCCCACCAGGCUCCAUCACCCUUACUCUCCACUUCUGUGCUCUGUAGGUACAAUAACUGUGGAUGUGCAUUGGUUUUCUAUCGAUAAAUGCGACAUCUCGCCUGGGUUUUUUCCUAGUACAGCUGGUGAGGGUCAAUUGGCUCUUUUGUAAUCUGCCCUGACUGUUACUUCACUAGAGGCUGCCACCCCCUCUCCUACAAUUCAUCCUUCUUCGGUUGGUUGUUUUGGAGGGUUGUAUUUGGUUUCUUUGGUUUUCCAAGCAUUUACGUGCAGCAAAACAGUUCAAAGUGGCAGGUUUGUUGGUUUUUUGGGUUUUUUUUUCCAGGACGUUUUUAGCCACAUUGGCUAAUGGAGCAAAGCUCUUGGGAUCAUGAGCAAACUCAAGUGUUCUGCAUCAAGUAUCCUGUCUAGACGGUGGUCUUAGUGAAGUCAGUGUGAGCUUGGCCACUGAUUUCAGUGAAACCAGACAUAUCUCUACCAGACAACUCCCUCUUGCCCUGGCUGCAAGAGGUUAGGACAUCCUUGAGGAGCAGGAUGAGGCCAUCCUGGUAACAGAAGCCAACAAGGAAUGAUGUCCCAGCAGGAGCCUCUCUGGAGGCUCAGCAGAGCUUAACAAAUGCUGCGUUUUCACUUCCUUGUGGUUUCCUCCUGCAGUCCCACUCCUCUCCCAGGUUGUGACCAACCCCGGGAGCAGAAAUACCCUCCCACAUCUGCCUUGGUCCCCUUACUCUUACUCUAUACCCAGCUGGCUACAGCAAGAAAAAAGCUUGGAAAAUCCAAGCUAGUUUCCCUUCCCAACAGCCCUCUUACUUCCCAAAGUCAAUGGAAUCGAGGUUUGGGGAAGCCUCCAAACCCAUGGGAUGUUUAUGCAAACUGAAGCUUUAGCAAUCUGCCCCAAAAGUGGGCAAUUGUGCCACCCUGUCCCCAAACGAGCGACACCUUGGUGCACUCUCUUGGGCCAGGGUCUGCCUAAAAACAGCACUCGAGCCUCACUCAGGAGUUGCAGGGGGGCACAGCAGCAUCACAGCUGGAUUGCAGCGGUCAGCCUUCAGUACUGCCAUUCCAAACAGCACCCACAGCCAUCCCACGGGGCACCCCGGGGAUGGAGAUAACAACUCGCAAGCCUAGCUCAAGAAAAUACUCAGCUACUAACUCUGAGCACGAAAGAAGUCAUAAGAGGGGGAAAUGCUUAAGAUCACGCAAGUGCUUAUGCCCUGGCAGAAUAACAAACCAAAUCCUACGUGCACAGUCACCGAGGCAGCCAAACCUGGCAUUCCGGUUGAAAACGUGGGCAAGGUGAGCUCGGUUCUUCUUGUCACGGACAGUUUUUUACCACGAGUCACAACGAAGAGAAGAAAAAUGUUGCAAAGUGGAGUUUGCGCUGGCCAAAGGAUCAAUAGGAGUGGGGAUUUUGGCUCUUUGCCCUGGGGAGCAGCUAGAAGAGAAAAGUUAGGAUUAGCACUGGGAUGUCUUGAAAUGUCUGUGAUGUGACUCCAGGGUAAAUUUGGCCAGGUUAAAUUUCAUGUGCAUACCGAGGAAGAACCUGGAGGCCUUGAGGGGCUGAAGACCUUCCAAACAAAAGCCCUGAAGCUGCACAUUUUCCAUGUUCUGUCUCCCCAGAGCUCUCCUGUUCAUGACCAGGUGUGACCAUCAGUUUGAGAACAAACGAUGUUGUGAUGAGCUCCAGACUGAGCAGAGUGGAGACUGCAGUCAGUCCCACCAGCCCAAGCCAUCAGACAGUGCUACUGGCCAGGAGCUGGUGGUGGCUGCCAGAGAUCCCUGGAGCCACUGAAAAGUGGCAAGACCAGGGCAUUUAAAGACCCCAGUUGAUAAUUCCUGUCUUUUCCCACCAGUUCUGCCCAUGUAUUUGGAGCUGGAGGAAAACAACUCAUGGAAAACACCAGGGCAGCUCAGGCUAAGCCCCUUUCCCUGCACCAGCCAUAAAAGGGAGGUUAGCUCAGGUCUGACUACUGCUGGGUGUGGGGAAGAGUCCUACUGCAAAUCCUGAAGAUGUCCAGCACUCCUGGUCAUCAGCCCAUGCAGCCCAGCCAGGAAGGAGUGCAGCUGCCUGCCAGUGCCACACAGCUGCAGACUUUGCCAUGCCCAGGGAGACAUCCACGUGCACCUGGCCAGGCAAAUCCUAGAGCUUCCUCCACAUCAUACUCCAGGCCUUCCAGACAGAGUCAAACAUCCCACAGUGUCAGGGCUGGAAAUCUGGUGUUUUGCACCAUCUCUGCUUUCUUUUCACAUCGGACAAGCCCACGUUGUCCUCCCUCCCAAAGCAGGUGUUUGGUGUCUGUUCUUGUGAAGAUUCUUCACCUUGGAGGAGGAAAGGCUCAUUCCCUCCACCUUCUUCAUUGCAUCACAUCGAUCCAGAGCUUCAAUCCAGAUCUGAGAGACCUCAGCUGUGGACAUUCCCUGGAUGACAGAGCCUCACAGACACCCGUUAAGACUCUCUGCUGCUGAUUUUCCCUCUCUUGGGAUUCUCCCAGGAUCCCCCAAGCAGCACCCCCAACUGUCCUACAGAAACCACCCCACCCCUGCUAUGGUGACAGAAAACACAGAUGGUUUUGGGAGCCAAACUGCCACAAAGGAUUCCUGUGCUUCAGGAUUCCUGCCCACAACUGGAUGUGCUGCUCCCCAUCAAGUCCUCUCCCCUGUGCCAGCCCUUUGCUCAGCAGAGACGGAGCAAAAUGAUGGUGAGACACCUGGAUUCCUCUUGUUUGUGCCCAGGUGGAGCUCACCUGGCUCCUUCCAGAUCUUUUGCACUUUCACAAGUUGAUGAAAUC